CAAAACUUGUUGAUACCCAAGUCUUCUUUGUUCUUGGUUCGCAGUCGAAGACAGAUCCCCGUUCACCACCAGGGUCCUUGCGAAGCGUCAUCAGAUCGCAUCUCUUCCAACAACUUCUUCUUUCACCCCCCACCAAAACCCCUCCAUAUACCUGUCGUCACCAUGUCUUCUGCCGAGAACGUCGAGAAGCCCGUCGAGGAGACCAAGCCUGAGGGCACUGCCCCCGUCACCUCGUCCGCCGUCUUUUCCAUGUUCGGCGGUGGCGCGAAGAAGGAGAAGAAGGACGAAGACGAUGACCGUGGCGAUAACUCCGGCAGUGCCAAGGCACAGCGCGAUGCUGCCGCCGCUGCUAAGGAGGGUGAUGAGGAGGACGCUCCCGAGUCCGAGGACGUGCACUUCGAGCCUGUGAUCCGCCUGACCGAGAAGGUUGAGACCAAGACCAACGAGGAGUCCGAGGAGCAGCUCUUCAAGAUGCGUGCCAAGCUCUUCGUCUUCAAGAAGGACACCCAGGAGUGGAAGGAGCGUGGUACCGGCGAUGUCCGUCUGCUCAAGCACAAGGAGAACGGCAAGACCCGCCUGGUCAUGCGUCGCGACAAGACCCUCAAGGUCUGCGCCAACCACUACAUCGUGCCCGAGAUGAAGUUGUCCCCGAAUGUCGGCUCUGACCGGUCCUGGGUGUGGAACGCUGCUGCCGAUGUCAGCGAGGGCGAGCCCGAGGCUUGCACUCUGGCCAUCCGCUUCGCCAACUCCGAAAAUGCCAACCUCUUCAAGGAUGCUUUCAUCAAGGCGCAAAAGGACAACGAGCAGCUCUUCAACGCCAGCUCUGCUGCCGAGACCGAGGAGAAGAAGGUUGAGGAGAAGGAGGCUGAGGCUGCUUAAAGAAAAUUGGGACAUUUUGUCUUCGCUCCCCAAUGCGCGCUGAGACUUUCUCCAGAUGCAGUGACAAGCUCAUCAUGGAAACCUGCCCUUCAUCCACAUACAAUAUCCACACUACCUAUCGCGAUCAUUCCGACACAGCACACCAAAAAAUCCCUUCAAGAUUCCCCCAACACAACAACCUACCCCCCCCCCCUUCUUUUUAGAUAGUCCUUCACCAAAGACAGAUGGAUUGAAAAGGAUGGAUAUGCCCGCCCACUUUGAUCUGCGAGAUGCACUAGUAGUUUCUCUACGGAUCUGGAGCCGUCGAGUGACGGCUCCUCUACCUGCCUACACUUGGACCGGUCAAGUUCGGUAACUCCCUGCCGGUUGUCACUACUGACCGCAACUCAAGAAACUGCCGAGCGAGAUGUUCGGUUUGGUUCGUGUAGUCAGGUCAAAUAAAAUGGCAGGAUGGGCGAGGGAAACCAUAGAGAAGAAGAAAGAGCACACCGAUUAUAUGCGAUCAUGAUACAUGGAAAGCCAGGCCCCAAAACACCCGCAUGUAUAUAUCUGGAUCUGUGUUGUGUGUGCCAGUCUGUCUGUCUGAUACCGUCAUGGCAGCGCUGCUUAGAUGAUUGUUUCUCGUAGAUAGUUCAACGCCCGGUAGUGGUUGUGUUCCCCUCC